UCUUGACGAGCUCAGACGUGUCUCUUUCCCAAGGAUUCAAUUUUCACCCUCUGAUCCCUACAACUGUUCUCUCAUUCACUGGACCAGUGAAUGAGAAGAAUAUCUGCGAAAUUUCUCAGUUAUUUCUCAUGUGGAGCAUUAUAAGAAAAAUUUUCAUUGAAAGUGUCCUCGGCAAAAAAAAAUUAACGAUCACAUUUUAUGGUGCAAUUAGUGAAAAUUUAAAUUAGUGCAUGACAUGGUUUGAGUGCUACAUCCCAGAGAGUACGUAGAGUUUUUGGUGGAAAAGGACGAUAAGACUAAUUAAAAAGCCCAUACAGGGGUUUGAGUGACAAUUUAUGAGAGUUCAUGUUUGAGAGGGAAACUACAGGAAAAAAAAUCGUCGUGGCAAAAUUUUCCAUGUAUUCCAACUGUGAAAAUUGACUGAGCUUUUAGUAUUUGCACUCGCAAUUUUUCAUUCUGAAGACUUCUCUUCAGGAAACGAAAGAAAGUACGCCAAAAGUGAAAGGAAAAAAACCGGGAAAUAUACCCCACAUUGUGAAACAAUACUAGAAAAUUUCAUUGUGCACAAUAUCUCAUGUGAACGCCACACCAAGGCACAGUAAAGAAAAUCUGUAAAGGAAAAGACUCUAUAAACGACAGUGGAAAGGAGUAUUUUCACACUAAUGAAUGCAAAUGGAUUGAACAAAAAGGUGGAAGACGGGGAAAAGUGUCCACAGAAAAAUUAAACAAAAAAAUGUGGUGAAAGAAAACAGUUUGUGUGCGGAAAAAGGUGAAGCGAGAAAUGAAAAAUAUUUAAUUACUGUGUCUAUCAAGCUCUCCAUUUAAUUAUGGAAUGUGCAAUAAUGGAUAUAGCAGCUGUUUAGGGGUAUUUCUGCCACAAUCAUCCUAUAUUGAAUUCACCAACGUUGCAGAAGAGGAGUAAAAGGCUACUAUCGGAGGCCAAAACGAAGACACUCAAUGCCAGCCAGGAAGGGGCUUUUGGCGCCCCAAAAUACAUUCUUGGAUACAAUAGCGACUCGCUUUGAUGGCACACAUUCAAAUUUUGUCCUGGGAAAUGCUCAGGUGGCUGGCUAUCCAAUUGUCUACUGUUCCGAUGGUUUUGUGGAGCUGUCCGGAUUCUCUCGUGCACAAAUUAUGCAAAAAGGAUGUGCCUGUCGCUUCCUGUACGGUCCGGAGACAAAAGAUGAACACAAAGCUCAAGUGGAGAAGAGCCUCGAUGGGAAAAUCGAGCUCAAGCUCGAAGUUAUUUUCUACAAAAAGAAUGGAACUCCUUUUUGGUGUCUUCUCGAUAUUGUUCCAAUUAAGAAUGAGAAACGUGAAGUGGUUCUAUUCUUGGCAUCUCACAAGGAUAUCACAAACACCAAAAUGGCAGAAAUGUCCUUGUCUGAUGAAUGUGAUAGCGCUGCCUUAUUGGGUGCACGUUUUAGAUCAUCAGCUGACUCCUCCUUACUUCCAGACGAUGGUGGUUUACCGGGGGACUUUGAUGUGCCAAGUGGGGUCAACAUGGGCCGUAGGCGAUCACGUGCAGUACUCUAUCAGCUCUCUGGCCACUACAAGCCUGAGAAAGUUAAGACUAAACUGAAAUUGAACAAUAAUCUUCUGCACUCAACGGACGCCCCUCUUCCGGAGUACAAGACUCAAGCCGUGAAGAAAUCCCGCUUCAUCUUGUCCCACUAUGGCAUGUUCAAGGGAUGCUGGGACUGGCUCAUUCUCGUGGCAACGUUCUAUGUUGCCGUUGCUGUACCAUACAAUGCAGCCUUUGUCAAGACGGAUCGCAUGACAAUGGCCUCAGACGUUAUAGUGGAGGCUCUUUUUAUUGUAGAUAUUAUAUUAAAUUUCCGGACAACGUACGUGUCUCGUAAGGGCGAAGUGGUGUCGGAUUCAAAAGCGAUAGCCCUAAAUUAUCUGAAGGGGUGGUUCGUAGUAGAUCUCCUGGCCGCCCUCCCUUUUGACCAUCUCUAUGCCAGUGACCUGUACAGUGGGGAAGAGUCCCACAUCCAUCUCGUGAAACUCACGCGAUUGCUGAGGCUGGCCAGGUUGCUGCAGAAGAUGGAUCGUUACUCUCAGUACACCGCCAUGAUUCUCACCCUCCUUAUGCUGUGUUUCUCACUUGUUGCUCACUGGCUAGCGUGCAUUUGGUUCGUGAUAGCUGAAAAGGAGAGAAUGUACAACGACAUUGACUGGGAUAUUGGAUGGAUGCACACACUAUCAGAGAGGUUAAAAAUCCCCAUAACGAACCUCACCCAGGUGGAAGUGUAUGUCACAAGUCUCUAUUUCACCUUCACGAGUCUCACGUCUGUGGGAUUUGGCAAUGUAAGUGCCAACACUACAGCUGAGAAAGUCUUCAGUAUCAUCAUGAUGCUGAUUGGGGCUCUGAUGCAUGCUGUCGUCUUUGGUAAUGUCACUGCAAUCAUCCAGAGAAUGUACUCAAGGAGAUCUCUCUAUCAGAGCAAAUGGCGAGAUUUGAAGGAUUUCAUUGCACUGCACCAGAUGCCGAAAGAGCUGAAACAACGAAUGCAGGACUAUUUCCAGACUGUGUGGUCUUUAAAUCACGGUAUUGAUAUCAAUGAGAUUCUCAAGGAGUUCCCUGAAGAGCUACGUGGGGAUGUUUCAAUGCAUCUCCAUCGAGAAAUUCUCCAACUACCGAUUUUUGAAGCCGCAUCUCAGGGAUGUCUCAAACUCCUCUCACUGCACAUCAAGACAACGUUCUGUGCUCCUUCAGAAUAUCUCAUCCAUCGAGGAGAUGCCCUCAAUCACAUUUAUUACAUCUGCAAUGGCUCAAUGGAAGUUAUGCAAAACAACAUGGUAGUGGCUAUUCUCGGAAAAGGUGAUUUGGUGGGAUGUGAUAUCUCUGCUCACUUGUCCACGCAUUCCAAUGGUCAAGGAGCAAAUACCAAUGCUCAAACGUCUCAGGAUGUCGUUGUCAAGAGCAGCAGCGAUGUUAAAGCGUUAACAUAUUGUGACCUCAAAUGCAUCCACAUGUGUGGCCUCGUAGAAGUCCUUAGGCUGUAUCCAGAAUAUCAGCAGGAAUUUGCCAAUGAUAUUCAACACGAUCUAACCUUCAAUCUGAGGGAGGGAUACGAAGCUGAACAGGAAUCAGACAUAAAUGGACCUUCCCUAGCUCUGCCGUCUAUUAGCGAGGACGAUGAGAAUCAACCAGAUUCAGAUGCUCACUCAAUAUCUCCCCAUACAAAUCUCAAUCGAUCCCCUAUUCACACAAAUAGUCCAAGGCAUGGAAAGUUCCUACAGAGGGGUAGAUCCUUAGCAGCUUUGCGGGAACGUGUAGAACGGCAACGAUCCGUUCCCAGUCAAUCGCCUACAAUGCAACAUACACAGUCCAACAGCCUAGAAGGUCUCAAUCUAGAACAACCCCAUAAGCGUUCCCAUGAUCGUCUUGAUAGUCUACAUCAGGAUGUAGCAGCACUCAGCAUUGAAGUACGCAAUGCCAUUCAGGCCCUCCAGGAGAUGGCCAUGUCACGCCUAACUUCACAGGCGGACCUUUCAGCUGCACGUUUUGCACCGGCACGUUCCAUUCCGAAUCUACCGAAUGGAACGGGCCCAAUGAUGGGUUUUGAACAAUUCAUCAUGGCUAGAAGUUCGUCCCAUCCGCCUGAGAUUUGGGGCAGGGAAAUGUCACUGCCGGAGGAUCAAUUUUCAAGGGGAGGUCUGGCACCACCCGAGUACGCCGAGUCCGUGCGCACCCUCAGCUCGGUGGCCACGCAGACGGAUGCGGCGAUCGACUACGAGACCCUCGAGAAGAUCGUCCUCCGCAAUCCGCGACUCGUACUCGGCAUCCUCGGGAUCGACGCUGUCUAUCGCACAGAGUGUGAAGUGGCACCAAAGACCUCAACGCUCAACACCAUCCCCGAGGCACUGAGUUCACCAGAGGUGAGGUCAAUCAUUUCGAAGCACUGGAAUAAGCUCACUAAGCUUCUUGACUUCCAGGUGAGCAAUAACAAUCUCAAUGGACUCCUAACCGACGAGGUGAUAGUGGAAGAAGUCACCAAUGAAAAUUCCCGAUCAACUGACGCUCUGCUGGGGAACAGUUGCGAAAAUGUGGCUGAGAAGGAGGACAAUCCGGUUGAGAGCACAUCCUUUGCUGCAAGUCUCCGGGACAAGUACAAAUGGGAGAAGAGUUUGCGGAAAUCCAUGUCAGAUUUCGGGAUGAGCAAGUCCAGCAGUAGCAACAGCCUAACAACGCUGUCAAAUAGCAAGUCCACCGAUUCAGAGAUGACGGGUAAGCAGAAAACCACACGUAGGUCCCUCAAAGGAGCUCCUGAGAAAAAAGACUACGAACGAUUCUCUUCAGCUGAAAGUCCACCGGAUUGUCUGCCCUCUACUUCGAGCUACUUCGAGGAGACUGAUGAGAAGAAAGCACUUUUAGGAAAGGAGAAUAAGGUGGCUCUUCGAAGGACCAGUGGAAGUUCGAGGGCACCAGCAAUUUAUCGAUUCUCAGCUGGAGAUGCAGACAAACUAGAAGCAGGAAUAAAGAAUUUGCCGUCGACAAGAUCUCUCAAGGAGAGCUGAAUCCCACGUUUUUUACCUAACCUUACACUCUAUAAAUUGACUUCCUCGAAAAGAUCUCGCAAUAUAUCUUUCCUUUUCUUUCCAUGAACGCGUACUUCUUUCGAUUGUAGAAUACUUUUCGAUUCUGAUUUCGAAGUGUGCCAUCCGAAGUCAGAAGCUGUCAUUGUGUACUAAAUGCGUGUCAAAGUGUUGAAAAACAAUCCCAUCACUUUCAUAAUUUUGAUUGAUUGCAAUUAAUCUAUCCACCCAAAUUAAUUAACCCUAAUUAUUAUUCGUCAUGCAACAUCCCAUUUAAACCAUUUGCCCCACAUGACGAUUAUGCAGUGAUAAAUGAGGAUGAUGAAUCAAUAAUAAUUUUGUACAUAUCAAAAGAGAGGUAACGACUCUGAAAAUUCCCCACCAGAAAAAAAAUGGUCUGUGGAAUUAAAGACGGGAAUAUUUAUUUUUUCAAUUGUAGUGCCUCUAAAAAUAAACUCCAAAAAAAUAUUACGAUUCAGAAAAAAGAAUAAAAUUUAAUGUAUUUAAAA